UUUUGUUGGAAUGAAAUGUUUGAAAUGAAGUUAAUGAAAUGAACUUUUUAUAGGUUUCCCAAUUAUUGAAUGUAUGUAGCAGAAUUUGUUUUUUGUUUGUAGAAUUUAGCAAAUAGAAGUUAAUUAGAUGCAUUAUAUAGUUGCAAAAGUAAGAGUAAUAUAAAUACUAGGAAAUUGUAAAUAUGAUCAAAUAUACUCAUACUUGUAUAUACAUAUAUCCAAUAUUUGCUGAUUGUGUAAACUGAUGUCAUUAAAUACAAAUGUCAACGUUGAACCUAAAAUUAAAUAAAUGAAAAAACGUUUCGUUAUUAUACAUACAACUUGAGAACAUCUCGCUGGUCCUUCUGUUGGCUUAUUGAGAUUACCAAAUGCAUGUAUAAUGUCAGUAUUCUGGAAGGUUGGAGCUCAGAUAGUCGAAUUACUGCAGGGGAUGCAUAACUACAUUGUACAUCUCAUAUAUCCAAAUUGGCAGCAGCAAAAAUAUGAUGGUGAUUUGGAAAUUGAACAAGUAUGCAUACAUCACUAUCACUGCAAUAUGAUAAUAGGUUAUUAUAAUGCAAUACAAGAGUACAAGAGUUCACCUCAUGUGCAGAAACCAAUGGCAGUGAAAGCAACAUGAUUCGUUUUCUCGGACUGACUGACCAAGACGAUUGUAGUCAUGGCUGUCGCUCCUCUUAAUUUUAGCCAUGACUGACCACCACCUUGUGAGACACAGUCCUCCGCAUCACCAGAGAAACUUUUCAAGUUUUCUAUUUUUCUUCCCGGCCAGUCAGUCGGUAUAAAUUCUCCAAAAAUUUAUCUCUACUGGAAUUCGCUAUUUAUUUGGAAGUAGUAUUUACAUAACUUCUAGAAAAGUAGGAAUGGCAGUAUCCACCACCCCCACAAGCAACCCAAGUGUCACACCUGUGAUUGCAUUUUUAGACGUCGACGCCUUUGAAUGCCAGAUUUGGCAGCGAGAUAAUCCGUCCACCAGAGGCCGACCCUGCGUCGUAGCUAAUGCUACAGGGAGGAUUGUUGCGGUUACACAUGAAGCAAAGGAAAUUGGAGUGUCCCGAAGCGAAACACCCUCUCUCCGAGCAGCCCUCAAAAAAUGCCCCAAUCUCACAGUAUUUCGAAAACCGAACAAGUGGGGGAAACAGGAUCAAGAAAAAUGCAAGAAGGCAACUUGGGAAAUCGUGUCACAUAUCCAGACUUUUUUGAAAACGUAUACGGGGGGUGACGUCGUUCUGGAGGUUGCCUCCUCUGACGAGUUUUACCUCGACAUUUCCGGUGAAGUUUCGCGUGGCAUAGAACGAAGAGCUGAAAAGAUAAGUGGCGACUCCAAAACACCGUGUCCCCCCCUCCCCAUUCCGAAAACCGUCGUAUGGGAAAGGGCUAAGCAAAGGAAGAAGGGGCCUUUUUUCUACAGGCUUCCAUACGAGGUCACAAAAAAUGACUUGGGAAUGUUCAAGAACGUAAAGAUAUAUUCCUACAAGAACGAAGAGAGGUUAAUGUUCGGGGCUCUACUGGUGGAAACUCUUUGUACUUACCUCAAAGAAAAAACACAGCUUGAGCUGUCUGGGGGAGUGGCAAAAAAUAAACUCCUGGCAAAAGUAGGCUGCACUUUGAACAAGCCUCGAAAAAUCACUGUUUUUUCAGGCCCUUCAUCGGGUGUCCCAAAUCGUUAAAAUAUCCUCCAUUCCAGGACUUGGAGGCACCCAAGGAGAGUCGCUUCAGAAAAUUUUUGGCAUUGCGAGAUCUCUUAAGAGUCGACUAUACAAAACUGGAGGAUGUUCUUGGGAAAGCUAAAGCCCAACAGAUAGCAUCCUGUGGGUUAGGCCACUGCGUUGAACCAGUCGUUUCUAAAAUAUGUAAAGACCAGAUAAAAUGCAAUAAGCCUGCUGGUGAUAUAAGAAAUUUCCAUAGGUUCAAAAAGGUACUAAGGGAUUUAGUAUCUGAAGUCGAGCUUGUUAUGCAAGAACAGGCAAAGUGGCAUGGUCGACAAGCGAAACUGGUUCGGGUUGAGUACAAACUCGGGAAAACUGUAGAAGAACAUUCUGAGGAAAAGCAAGGACAAGGACAGCAGUUCGAUAUUGAAGACUCAGCUUCGAUAUUGAAUCUUUACGACAACAUGUUAAAGUUUUUCGUCGAGUUGCCUAAGUUUUCCACUGACUCUGUUCACUUUACUGAAUUAGCUAUCGCGCUGAAGAAGUUUGUACCCAUCAUGUCUGGGGACAAGCUCUGCAUGUCCAUGGAAAAUCUUGUACUCGCAGAAAAAUCAAUCACACAACCCACACUUCGGUUGUACUGCCAACCAAACGGCAAAACUCUAGCGUUCGAACAUACCCUUCUUGGAGCGAUUAGAAUCACUUCAGAUUUGAAGUACGAAAAUCACACGACCUGUGAUGCUCAGAUACCAAAACUGGUCGAGGAAUCAGAAUUGCAAUCAUACGUUGGAUUCCACUUACUGCAAGAGUUUUACACAGAUACAUCUUGUAAACGGCUUAUCGUUGACUAUACCUCUUACGAUAUCAAGAAACACCACUUCUUUAGCAAGUGGCUAAAAGAGGAGAAGCCCCAGAUUGAGGGACUCGACGAUGUCCAAUUUGUGACUUUUCAAGGUAGACUGUUAAGAUCCUUGAAAACCACAUUAAAUCAAACUUUUGGAGAAUGGGAAACGUAUGCCAUUAAUAUUGAUAACAUCAUCUAUCUCUGGGAUGAAAAAAGCGUCAGGACAAAAUCAAGUUUCCUUCCGGAAACUGCUUACAUGGGCGAGCUCUUUGAGCAGAUUGUUUCAGGCAGAGCACCUAAAAAUGGAGGUUGCAUUGAUGGACUAGAAAAGGUAUUUCCGGUACAGAAGGUGUCGUUCGGAUCUCAUAAAGUUCUUAUGAUGAGUAACGUUGAUGCCCAAGAUUCUGAGGGGAGAUUUCUACAAGUCCAAAUUCAAACCGACUCCAACUGUUACAAAAGGAAAAAUGCAUCAUUGAUUUUAGAAAAGAAUUUGAAAUUGUGGAGUCAAGCAGUAGUGUCUGGCUGUAAUUGGAUGGUGGUAGGGUACAAAACUUUUGACAACCAUAUAACAAAAAUUGACACUGUUGGAGUGGACGAGUUUUCACCCAAUGCUGAAGAUAAGGAACAAUGUUACGACUUCUUGAAUCGUUUACUAGACUGGAUAAAAGCUCAUUUACCUGUUCCAGAUGAAAAGUUAGUCAAGAAAUUUUCUUGGAUUCCUGGAAAACAGCAAGUUAUGUGUCAUACCAUUCAGGAAAAAGAAAUAGAAAAAUUGUUGGUUCCGAAAAUCUAUUUUCCGAAAGACUGAAACGUUUUUUUCAAAUGCGCUCAAAUAUUGUGAUCAUUCUUGUUCUUGAAAUGUAUUUGUGAUGUCGCUAGAUUAUGAAUCAGAUUAUUUUAAUCCUCAGGAGUCUUUUUGCGUACUUCUGUACAAGAAUUGUUUUAUAAAAUUUUGGACUUUUUGUUGUAUAAAAAGUUAAUACAUAACAGUUAAAACAAUGUGUAAUUACAUUACAAUCAAUGUUAAAUACAUUCAAUAAAAACAAUUCAUAACAUACGUAGUAAGUUAA